UUGCAUUCGAGAAGUUCAUGUUAAAAGCCUCAACGUGAGAGUUUGUUUUAGCCCAGACAAAGAGUUUUUUUUUUUAAAAGAAAUAUAAAUAAAAUGUCGCUUGUUCCGCUACUGAGCCUGGCCCGCGAGCUCGAACAUGACUACCGCGGCGCCUACAACGAGUGGGAUCACUUUCUGGAGGAUGACUUUGGAUUCGGGGUCCAUGCCCACGAUCUGUUCCAGCGUCCACGUCUGGUGCUGCCUCACCACGGCUCCUCCUUAGGGCGCCGCCGCUUCCUACCGUACGAGCGCAGUCACCACCAUUCACAUCCCCAUCAGUUAGUGCCACGUCGUCAGUCUGGCGGAGGCCAGAACUCGCUGCUGCCUGCCAUUGGCAAAGAUGGCUUCCAGGUCUGCAUGGACGUGUCGCAGUUCAAGCCCAACGAGCUGACCGUGAAAGUGGUAGACAAGACGGUCGUGGUCGAGGGAAAGCAUGAGGAGCGCGAGGACGGACACGGCAUGAUUCAGCGCCACUUUGUGCGCAAGUACACUCUGCCAAAGGACUUUGAUCCCAACGAGGUCGUUUCUACUGUCUCCUCGGACGGCGUGCUCACCCUGAAGGCGCCCCCGCCGCCCAGCAAGGAGCAACCCAAGCCAGAGCGCAUCGUUCAGAUCCAGCAAACCGGUCCUGCGCACUUGAGCGUCAAGGCUCCUGAGGGGGCUGCAGCUGCAGUCGCCGCCGAUGGCAAGACCGAAAAUGGCGCUGGCGAAAAGAUGGAGACGGGAAAGUAGACAGGGCGUAUAAAAAGCACCGGGGGAGAGGUUUCGCUGGCGAAAGCGGAGUGUUGUAGAGCUGCUCGGAGAGUGCAAGACUAAAAGGAUGCCGUUAGACCUUCUCAAACAGAACAGACACAAACAUCAUAUUACACGCCCAAACACACAAAUACACAUAAAAGGCACACUUGUCAUCACAUUUUAGUGUUAAGCGAUUUUAAAAUCCCAUUAAGUAAUAAACGCUUUGUAUUAGUCGCUAUAAUUAGGCUACGAAUAUACAUAUGUAUCUAUGAUUAAUGGAGAGUACGAUUCUCGCUUUGAUAUUA